GUCGUAGGCAUCAGCCCAACACCGUCACUACUGUUCACCACUCCAUCUCCUAGCGAGAUCCCUUAGUGGAUUUUAUGGAGACGGCCGCCCUCCUCUCUUCCCGCCUGAGGAGAAACACUGGCUGGGAUUCCGUCAUGUCAUGCAUCACCCAACUAUGGCACGCAGAAGUGCCAGAAUCUCCGCCCAUGAGCCCUUUAAGCCCCAUCCCGGCUGCACCAGGUGAAAUCCCAAUCCCCCUCAGCCCCAUUGUGAUCACCUCCCCUGUGAUCACCACCCCUCCGAUCACCUCUCCUGCAACCACCUCUCCUGCAACCACCUCUCCUGCAAUCGCCUCCCCUCUAGAAGGAAGGCCCAGGGUGUGUUCCCCAAUACGGUCUCCAGUGGAUGGCAAAUGGAGGCUCAGCUCCCCGACAGACAAACCCACCUCCCCCAUCGAGUGCUCCAUCUGCUUCAACACCUACGACAACCUUUUCAAGACGCCCAAGGUCCUCGAGUGCCAGCACACCUUCUGCUUGGAGUGCCUGGCCCGCUUGGCCGCCGCGCUCCCCGCCAACCGGGUGGAAGAUCAGCUGCCCUGCCCUUUCUGCCGGCAGCUCACCGAAAUCCCCCUCGAAGGGACGCCGGGCCUUCGGACAAGCAAGGAGCUCCUGGCCACCUUGCCGCCUGAAUUCCAGCGGGAGAAGGUCCUCUGGAUGGAAGGCACCAAGUUGUGCUGCAGGCAGACCUCCGACCCGGAGAACCCGGACUGCAUCAGCAUCGACGUGGCCCUGAGCAAACCAGAACACCCCGAACUGCCCCCGGAGACCUUCAUGGGGAGGUUGUCUCGCUGCGCCAUGUGUGAUGACUGGAAACGCAUCAUCCUGCUCUCGGCACUGAUCAUUAUCCUGUUCUGUAUCAUCCUCUGGCCCGUUCAGUGUGUCCUUAAGACAGGCAACCUACGGUGCUUUACUAGGACUUACACGAUGACCAAACCGUACAUCCCAUAUCACCCACCCACCACGGCAGCACCAACCACAACAGCCUUCGAUCCCAUCUGGUGACCCUCGGACGCAACCCUCGCCUUGGGGACCUAACCCUUCCCGGAACUUUAUCCUGCUCACAUGGACAGGGUUUUUUUUGUUAUUACUUGAAGUAUUCCUGCUGCUCUUUUAUGCACUUUUGAUGACUUUAUAAACCAGUGAUGGCAAACCUUUUCGAGACCGAGUGCCCAAAUUGCAACCCAAA